UUUGUUUGUGUUUUGGGCGCUCUGCUGACUUCCUGCAAGCACACCACCAAAGAAGCUCCUUCUUGCUUGGCGUUGCCUUGUCUGCCUUGUUGCCCCCUCCCCACCUCCAUAUCCGCCGCACCACACCUUCAUAUCUUCAACGGCUUUGCACAAAGAAGGAUGUGUGGUGGUGGGGUGUUUGCUGCCGCUGUGGUGGUUGCGUGCUUGAGCACAGCGGUCACCACAGCGAGUGCGCUCCAAAACGCUACGACAACGACAGUCGCAACAACAACUUCAACAACCACCGCGGCUGCGUGCACGCUGGACUCUGCACCAUGGUAUGUGGUGCACAGCUGCAACGGCGUGCUGGACGGCGAGUCGUGCGUGGCCGGCUGCAACCUGACAGCGCGAUACACCGGAACACAAACGACGCUCACCUGCGACAAUGGCUCCUUCAACGGCAACCUGCCCCAGUGCAAUCCGCCGUGCGAUGCCACGGCCGACCUGACGCCGCUGCUGCACACAACGUGUAGGUCAAAGGUUGCUGUCGGGGAUGGAUGUUUGUGGUCGUGCGUGCGCGGGUAUGAGGGCCCUCAAGUAAACCGCGCCUGCGUUGUCGUCAACGACACCGUCGCGCUCCAGCCACAGCCGCCCGCGUGCUCUCCUGUUGCAUGCACGCCACCCCAGGAUUAUGACCCUGAACGCAUGGACCUGAGUGCCUGUGAGGACUCUGUUCACGAGGACGACUGUGUCGCUGGGUGCAACGAAGGCUAUGCUGGGCACCCGGUUACGCUGCAGUGCGACAACGGCCAGCUGGUUGGAGACCUUCCCCAAUGCAUCCUGAAACGCCCGACGGUGAAGGCAGAGGACGGCACGCUUCGCUUUGAGGUGUUUGAUGACCGCGAGGCCAAGCUGACGUACAAGACAAACCUCAACGAGCCCAACCCAUGGUCUGGUCGCCUGUUGACUGACGUUCAGGUUGAGGAUUCGAUUGCGUCUGCGAUUGCGGCCAUCAUGGAUGACCCGAGUGCACGUGUUCGCACGGAGGCGCAAGUGCGUCAGAUUGUCACCGACGCGGUCGACGGUGGCGGUGGAGUCGCUGACGCCGUGCAGGCCGUCAUCGACAGCAAUUCCCCAAGCGGCGAGCCGCUGGUGGCGUACCUCGAGGGUGCAGCUGCGUCACUGGAGACAGCGACGACAAGCUUGGAGACUGCGGUGAAUGGGCGUUUGGGCGGUCUUGAUUCCGACGUCAGCACGGCUUCUGGUCGGCUCGACUCACUGGAGAUGAGCACCGUGCCAAGCCUCAUGGCAUUUGUCGAUGCAAAGGCCACGGCCACCGCUGAUUCUCUUCGGGGCGAAUUGCAAGACGCGAUUAGCACGCAGGUGCAGACGCUCACGGAUGAACUGAGUGCCACGAACGACCAGGUAGCAGACACGGCGGACGUGGUUGGCGGACUUGAAACGGCCGUUCAGAACCUGAUGGCAUCAAACGGUGCCCUCGACCGCUGCUUUCAGCGAUGCCCCGCAGGCAAGUACGUCAGCAGCUGGUGCACAGACACGGAGAGCAACGGCUGCUCAUCAUGCCCGCCUUUCACGUACAGCCCGUCAUCUGGCCUGGAGUCGGCGUGCUGGCCGUGUGCACCUUCCCAUUGCGGCGUUGGCACGUACAUGCAGCCGUGCGAAGCGACCCAAGGCAUCAGCAACUGCUUUACAUGCCCCGAAGGCACAUACCAGGACGCUGGGACACAUCGAGAGACGUCAUGCAAGUCGUGCACGUGCUCCAGCGGCUCCUACCCGCUCUCAACAGAAUGCAUUCGCACGGCCCCGUUCGAGUGCUUGCCUGGAGGCAUUUCAGUGAUUGCAUCGGAUGACUGUCCUGCCGGCUACUGGCGAAUGGGCGGAGCAGAGAGCGGCUGCCGCACCUACCCCAACUAUCGAAACACGUUCCUCCAUGGGGGUGAUCACGGUAGCGACUACAGCGUGACUGCCGUAUCGACCGUCAAGAUCGCCGCUGGCCGCUACCGCUUCUACUGCCGCUCUGACGACUGCUGCCAGAUCCACAUUAUCAGCGGGCCAACAACGUUCAGCCCAAUCGACCACGGGUGUGGCGGUUGCACGUCGUGCAAUGGACACACAGCGGAUUACAAUCUGCCUGGCGGGACGUAUCGCAUCCAGUACUACUCGCACGAGUAUGGUGGCGGCGCCUACUAUGACUUUUACUUUUACCGCAUCUGACAUGUGGAUGUGUGUGUGUGUGUGUGUGUGUGU